CGGUGACCCCGGCUCGUAAUCGUUCUUCGGUUGGUGUUGAUAAGCGGAUUGCCUACGUUGUAUUCGAGCACGCCGGAAUCACUCUCGCUCGACUUGGUUUGGUUGUCCAGUGUUCGCUCGAAAGUGAGAGUGAUCACAACGGUUGUCGAUUGUUGGUGUGGAGUGCGAAAAGUGAUUGUUUUUUUUCCCUGCUUGUCGUUCAUUAGCCCGCGAAUCUAACAUGCUGUCAGUUUUGGUACGAAGCACUUCACGGCGGGAUUGUUACCGAAAGGCGAUUCGCGUUCUAUCCGUUUCUGCCCCAGCACAGCAGGCAGCCUCGGGAGGAGAAAAAGAACCCCUAAAAACGGCACUUUAUGACUUCCAUCAAAGCCACGGAGGAAAAUUGGUUGAUUUUGCGGGCUACUGGCUACCAGUUCAGUACAGCGAUCAAAGCAUCAUCAAGUCGCAUCUCUACACCCGUGAAUAUGGUUCGAUUUUCGACGUGUCUCAUAUGCUGCAAACGUACUUGAGAGGAAAAGAUGUUAUUAACUGCUUUGAAUCAGUUUGCACUGCUGAUAUCAAAGGACUCAAGAAUGGAACCGGAACACUAACUGUAUUCACCAAUGACAAGGGUGGCAUUUUGGACGAUUUGAUUGUGAAUCGAGUCUCCGAUGAUACACUUUACGUGGUGUCCAAUGCUUCCCGCAAAGAAUCUGAUAUGGCUAUAAUGAGCGCCGCAGUGGCGUCUUUCAAAGCGAAAGGAAAGGACGUCUCCGUGACAUUUCUUCCAAGCGAUGAACAAUCACUGCUGGCUAUUCAAGGACCGAGUGCAGUAUCUGUCCUCCAAAAACUGUGCACCACAGACCUUUCUCGCUUGUUCUUUAUGAACACCAUAAGCGAUCAAAUCGCCGGGGUGGAGAAAUGCCGCAUUACCCGUUGCGGUUAUACCGGCGAGGAUGGCAUCGAAAUCUCAGUUCCUUCUAGCAAGGCGUCGGAAGUUGCUUCCGCUUUGUUGGACUCGAAAGUCGGUAAACUGAAACUAGCCGGUCUUGGCGCUCGAGACUCGCUGAGGCUGGAAGCAGGACUUUGUUUGUACGGGAAUGACAUCGACGAAUCAACAACCCCGGUCGAGGCUGGCCUUUUAUGGUUAGUUGCGAAACAGCGCCGGACGGAUAAUAACUUCCCUGGAUCGGAAACGAUUCUGAAACAAAUCAAAAAUGGUGUCACUCGCCGGCGGGUUGGUUUUAGCAUGUCACCUGGGUCGGCUCCUGCCCGGCAGCACAUGGAAGUAUGCGACAACGAGCAUCGAAAGAUCGGUGAAAUUACCAGCGGCUGCCCAAGUCCAUGCCUGCAGUACAACAUCGCCAUGGGAUACAUCCAGGAAGUGUCGAAAAAGGUGGGGACAGAAGUGCUGCUUAAGGUACGAGACAAGUACUAUCACAGUCAGCUCGCGAAGAUGCCUUUCGUAGCCACUCACUACUAUCAGCCGCCGAAAUAAAUGAUUAACGAAUGUAUAACUAAA